AUGCUUCCACUGUGGCCAUCAAUCAAUCCUUCUCUUGUUGGAUCACUCAUGAAUAACGUGAAUCCUUCAGCUUUCAGUGAAGAGAUGGAAAUGAAUCAUAUGGAGCAAGAGCAACAGAACUACUUGAACUUGGUUGACACAAUUGCACAAGAUUUGACACCUUUAGGAAAGAAACAAUCUGAACAGAACAAUGAAGAUUCUGAUGCUGAGUCUGCAAGCGAUGAUCAAGAAAGUUCAGCAAGUGAGCCAGAAGAUCACGAAUCAGAAGAUGAUAAUGAUGGUCGCGAAUCAUUCACAAUAAAUUAUUGAAAUAAAAC